AUACAUUCCCACUGUGUCCCAUGCCCUACAGGGGACCAGAUUUGAGAUAGGAGCUUCCAAUGAGCAUACCCAGGAAUAAAGCAGGGCUGAAUUAACACAGUUCUCUUAUCAUAAUUAUAAUCUAAAGCAAAUGAGUUUAGUUACAGCAGGAUUCCCUCCUGUCCCUGCACCUCCCACACACAGAGCAGCUGUAGUAUUGCUUAGGUCUCCUGUAUAAAGCCAGCAUAUUGCAUUUAUUGAAACCAAAGGACACAUAAGGGUAAAAGGGCGCACUUGAGCAGGAUCAGCAUGUUUCUGUUUCUGCUGCUGCUCCAGCUGCUGCUGAUCUCAUGUUUUGGAGCAACAGAGGAGGGAGGACAGCAGCCAAGACAAAAGAGGGGAAGAAUUCAGCACCUUUUCUACCUAGAUAAAACUCUGCUAGAAAGAGAGGUCCCUAGGGAGCUGCUAAGGGAAGAUCCUACAGACUCUGAAGGAAUCCGAGCAGGGCCAAGCUUGUAUGUAGCAGCCCUUGAGCAUGCUGCAGAAAACAAGAAGCCAGGAGAGAAAAAAUUGUCCCGAUUUAUGCUUCCUUUCAUAGAGCUCCAGACAACCCAAAGCUCACCUGCACGAAAAGAGGCUCUUCAUUCUGAUAGUCUGAGAAACUUUUCACCUCCCCACUCAUCCCAUGAGAGGGAAGCUGAGUCUUCUUAUAGGAAGGAUGCCAAGAAAUUCUGGGACCAUUUCACACUACAAAAAAAUUCAGCCUCUGAGGAGGUUGUCCUGCCAAUCAAGACCGAUGAGAUGCAUCAGGAAACCUGCUGGACUCUGCCUUUUUCACAGGGUAUUGUGCAUGAGAACUGUGAAAAAGCAGUGGUCCAGAAUAACCUUUGUUUUGGAAAGUGUAAUUCCUUUCAUGUCCCUGGCCCAGAAGAUCGUCUUUACACCUUUUGUUCCCACUGUUUGCCUGCUAAAUUCAACUUAAAACGUUUGGAGCUGAACUGUACCAAGUCUGUCCCCAUUGUGAAGGUGGUCGUGAUUGUGGAGGAAUGCAAAUGUGAGAUUCAGAAGACUAAAGGUCCUGAAAUGGGUCCUUUACAUUCAGACUUGCAUGCAAAUGUGUAUGGACACAAUUAAUCUGCUGAAAGGCACCUUUAAACUCCAUGAUCAUUUGUAAAUUAUAAUAAUAAAAAACCCUGAGAUUUUAGUCAAACACAUUCAACCAACAGUGUGAAAAUAUAGAUUUUUCUCUCUCAAAUGCUCCUUUAUCAUAGGUAUAACAUUGCCUGAAAUGUAUCAGAUGUUUCCAUUUGUGUCUUGAGAGAGAGGGAGGAUGAGUAUGCAGAGUGGGAAUAAGUGAUUAAACCAGGGUAAUUCUUAAAAAAAAAAAAAACUCCUGUCCUUUUUACCACUGGUUUAGUUCAACUGGUGUUAGUACUGCAGGGGGUCUGUGUGCCUUUAAAGUAUAUUCCCUUUAGAUAACUGGGAUGAGCUACCCCAACAAAAUAACUUUUUUUUCCCC